GAUAUCGAGCUGUCAGAGUUUCCAUUUAGAGGAAAUAGGAACAUAGCUUUCCUAUAUAAACGCGUGGCUCAUCUCUGAGCUCCCAGCAGACCCAGUUCAGAGCUGGAAUUCUUCUUCUAGAAAUCCUGUUCCUGCUGACAGGAAAACAUGGAUUCUCUCAGGCCAGGAUGGCUCCCCAGCAUCGUCCCCGUAGGACAAGAGGGUCGCCAUGGAGCCCUUCUGUCCGCUCCUGCUGGCCGGUGUUAGCCUGCCCCUCGCCAAGGCUUUCAAGGGCAACGAGACCACCACCGCGCAGAGCAACUGGACCUCCACGACCGCAGGCCCUCCGGCCCCCGGCGCGCCGCAGCCCCUGCUGGCCUGGCUGCUGCUGCCCCUGCUGCUCUGCCUGCUCCUCGCGGCCUACGUCUUCAGGUUCAGGAAGCAGAGGAAGGCGGUGGUCAGCUCCAACGACAAGAAGAUGCCAAACGGAAUCCUAGAAGAGCAAGAGCAGCAAAGGGUGAUGCUUCUCAGCAGGUCCCCCUCGGGGCCCAAGAAGUACUUGCCUAUCCCCGUGGGGCACCUGGAAGAGGAGAUCCGGGUCCGGUCGGCGGAUGACUGCAAGAGGUUUCGGGAGGAGUUCAAUUCACUGCCGUCUGGACACAUACAAGGAACUUUUGAACUGGCCAAUAAAGAAGAAAACAGAGAAAAAAACAGAUAUCCCAACAUCCUUCCCAAUGACCAUUCCAGGGUGAUUUUAAGCGAAGUGGACGGAACCCCAUGUUCAGACUACAUCAAUGCUUCAUACAUAGAUGGUUAUAAAGAGAAGAAUAAAUUCAUAGCAGCUCAAGGCCCUAAACAGGAGACAGUGAAUGACUUCUGGAGAAUGAUCUGGGAACAGAAGUCUGCAACCAUCGUCAUGUUGACGAACCUGAAAGAAAGAAAGGAGGAGAAGUGCUAUCAGUACUGGCCGGACCAGGGCUGCUGGACCUACGGAAGCAUCCGGGUGUGCGUGGAGGACUGCGUGGUCCUGGUGGACUACACCAUCCGGAAGUUCUGCAUUCAGUCCCAGCUCCCCGACGGCUGCAAAGCCCCUCGGCUCGUCUGCCAGCUGCACUUCACCAGCUGGCCCGACUUCGGAGUGCCUUUCACCCCCAUCGGGAUGCUCAAGUUCCUGAAAAAAGUGAGGACACUCAACCCCACGCACGCCGGGCCCAUAGUGGUCCACUGUAGCGCGGGCGUGGGCCGGACGGGCACCUUCAUAGUGAUCGAUGCCAUGAUGGACAUGAUGCAUGCCGAGCAGAAGGUGGGCGUCUUUGAUUUCGUGUCCAGAAUCCGCAAUCAGCGGCCUCAGAUGGUUCAGACGGACAUGCAGUACACGUUCAUCUACCAAGCCUUACUGGAGUACUACCUCUAUGGGGACACCGAGCUGGACGUGUCCUCCCUGGAGAAGCACCUGCAGACGCUGCACGGCAGCACCACCCACUUCGACAAGGUCGGGCUGGAGGAGGAGUUCAAGAAAUUGACAAAUGUCCGGAUCAUGAAGGAGAACAUGAGGACAGGCAACCUGCCGGCCAACAUGAAGAAGGCCAGGGUCAUCCAGAUCAUCCCAUAUGACUUCAACCGCGUCAUCCUUUCCAUGAAAAGGGGCCAGGAGUACACGGAUUACAUCAACGCGUCCUUUAUAGACGGCUACCGGCAGAAGGACUACUUCAUCGCCACCCAGGGGCCCCUGGCGCACACGGUGGAGGACUUCUGGAGGAUGGUCUGGGAGUGGAAGUGCCACACGAUCGUGAUGCUGACCGAGGUCCAGGAGAGAGAGCAGGAUAAAUGCCACCAGUAUUGGCCGACAGAGGGCUCAGUGACUCAUGGAGAAAUAACGAUAGAAAUAAAGAGCGAUACCCUUUCUGAAGCCAUCAGUAUACGAGACUUCCUGGUCACUUUCAAUCAGCCCCUGGCCCGCCAGGAGGAGCAGACCCGGGUCGUGCGACAGUUCCACUUCCACGGCUGGCCGGAGAUCGGGAUCCCCGCCGAGGGCAAGGGCAUGAUCGACCUCAUUGCGGCCGUGCAGAGGCAGCAGCAGCAGACAGGCAACCACCCCAUCACGGUGCACUGCAGUGCUGGAGCUGGGCGUACCGGGACUUUCAUAGCACUCAGCAACAUUCUGGAACGGGUCAAAGCUGAGGGACUUCUAGACGUAUUCCAAGCUGUGAAGAGUUUACGACUUCAGAGGCCACAUAUGGUGCAAACCCUGGAACAGUAUGAAUUCUGCUACAAAGUGGUACAAGAUUUUAUUGAUAUAUUUUCUGAUUAUGCUAAUUUCAAAUGAAAAUUCCUGCCUUAAAAUAUUUUUUAAUUUAAUGGUCAGUAUAUUUUGUAAAAGUCAUGUUAAUUUAUUUCAUAGUUGACAUUAAUAUCCUCCUAAUUUCUUUGUAUAUAUUUUGUUAUGCUUUAAAGGCCACCUGCUGUAAAGUUAUUA